AUGUCAGCGACAGAACUCAAACUCAAGGUUAUGACCCAAGCGCAGGUGGAUGAGGCAUUGACGGAAGCUAAGAAGGAAGCGUUCUUCGCUGGCUUGACUGGUGCUUUGGCAUCAUUUAGCGGCGUAUUGUCCGGGCAUUCCGUUCAACUGCCAUCGCACAACUGCGCCGCGAGGAUGCGAGAGCGCUUACGACCAAAACGGAGACCACAUGUGAUCGAUUCACCAGGGAGGGAACGUUGA